GAACAGUUUCUAACAUUGGGAUUCUAUUUGGCUUCUUUUUAGGUUUCGGUGACCCCUUUAGUGUUAUCUUUCUUUUUUAGGGUUCGGUAUUUCCUUUUUAUGUUUCAAUGUCUCUUUUGUGGAAAUUAAGGUUUUGUCUUCAUUUCACCCUUCAAACGCGUGGGAUUUUGGAUUGGGACACGCAAUUGGGUGUUCCAACUCAAUGUAUUUUACUCAAACGAUUAGAGAGAAAAAAUGGAAUCGAUCAAAUUUGUUCAAACAUCUUUUUGAAAGUGAACGCAAAAUUAGGUGGACAAAAUGUAAUAUUAACCAACGAUCAAAUUGAUUUUGUAUCUUCAGAACUGACAAUGAUACUCGGCGCUGACGUUUUCCAUUCCGGAAGAGGUGAUAAUAGGCCAAGUAUUGUAGCUGUAUGUGCCUCAUUGAAUUCAAAAAGCUACUAGAUACGCUGGAAGAUUUAGUGUUAAUAAGGAUCCUCGAAAUUAAAUUAUUGAAGAUCUCAAAGGAGUAGUAAUCGAUUUACUUCGUGUUUUUAUCAAAGAAAUCAAGUUUUACCGAGAAAAUUUUUGUUUUAUCGUGAUGGAGUUGGUGAAACUCAAUUUCAACAUGUAAAAACUUAUGAAGUAAAAGCACUUAAAGAAGUCUUUGCUAGUGUGUACAGAAAUUUGGGACCUACACUAACAUUUAUUAUAUUGCAAAAGAGGCAUCAUACCAGAUUUAUGCCAACUGAACCACGUGAAGGAGAUAAAUUGGGCAAUUGU